AUGGACGGCUCACCACAGAUCACCAUCGCCGACGCGCCAUUCGAUUCGCCUAAGAAGGCGGAUGUCAUCCUCCGAUCUUCCGAUAACGUCGAUUUCUACGUUAUGAAGGCACUUCUAGCGUUCUCUUCCCCCAUUUUUCGCGAUAUGUUCUUCCUCCCUCAGCCUCAGCACGACCGUGCCUCCUUCCGAUCCACAGAUAACCCACCCCUCGACAUCGUUGCCAUACAAUAUGAGAGCGCCCCGUUACAAAACGUCCUGCUCCUUUGCUACCCACAAAUUGGGCCUGGGAUGCAGCCCAAGCUCACAAGCGACGAUAUCAUCGAAGCAUAUAUCAUCGCAGAGAAGUACGACAUGGAAACGGUGAUCCAGCUACUGGAGGAUGCCCUCUCGACGAUCCCCCCGAAGUUCAUACGCGACCCUCUUAGGAUGCUCGCAAUCGCGGUACAACACGGUUGGGUCGAUUUCUACGUCCUGAAGGCCUUCCUCGCCUUCUCUUCCCCCGUACUGCGAGACAAAUUCGCGGAGAGCCCCAGAUCGCGCUCGUCAUCAUCCACCCCACGUAAAUCGCAUCCAAUCUUCAGCCCGAGGCUAGAAAACGCGGAUGAGAUCAUUGCAGCUUACGCGGUCGCUGAAGAUUUCAAGAUGGACGCCAUCAUGAAGCAGCUCGAGGAAAUGCUAUUGGCGUCGAAAGCAAUAAAGGAGGAGCCGCUCCGCAUUUUGGCUAUUGCAAUUCAAAUGGGGUGGGAGAAAGUUGGCAAGUUGGCCGCAAAGAACACCCUCAGCAUUCCUUUUGGAAGACUUCCGUUCUCAAACGAACUCAACACUAUCACAGGAGCAGAUAUUUGGAACCUCCAGGAUUACCGCCAGAGUUGUGCACAUGCCAUUCAUGCAUGGUUCCAUAGGAACAAUAUCGGAGGAGGCAGGCCCUGGCGACCAGCUGGUGUGUGCAAGAAAUCCUUCGUGCGACCUUAA